AUGCCUCCACUUUGUAAUAACAACCCUCCGAAUUCCCUCACUCGACCAUACCUACGAUCAAUAUCGACAGCUCACUCCCCAGCGGCCUCACCAGGUCCUUCAACACAAGCCUUUGAUCCACCAUGUACACGCGGGGAUCAGUCCAGCAAGAACUUUUGCAGCAUACUCGUCGCUCCAGUCAUGCAGUACCCAGCGCACAAGGUAGACAUCGGCAUCAGUGACGGGUUGCGCACUAAACAUAUCGUGAGCCAUAAAGCUCACACUCCCAUCACCAUUAUCCGCACCCCCACUAUCCUUGAUUGUUUGUGGGAGAUCUUGCACCACACAUCUCAACCCAGGGAACCUCUCGGCCAGGGCUCGUGCGACCGCCCCCGAGCUCCCCCCAAUAUCAACCACCUUCCUUUUGCCAGCCCACGCAUAUCCAUCGACCAAGUGCCGCACACUAAAUCCAGGCGACUCUAGAAAUCCACGCAUGGAGCUCGCAAAACGCUCCGCCCUCGCGGGGUCCCUAUCUAGCACCGCAAAGAUGGGCUCAGAAGUGGCGUUGGCGAGCUGAAAUCCGGAUUCGUGUGGGUGCGGCGACUCGGGCCAUUUGCGCAUCGCGCGGACCAAGUGUGCAGAUGAGGGGAGUAGCUCGUCGAGUGCCGCCUGGAUCAGGUGCACGAGGUUUGAAUCUGAGACAAGGAGGCGCGAAGCCGUUGUGUGUGCAACGUAGCCUUGUAGGGGCUCUUGGAAGAUGCGGUAUGUCAUUGCGUGUCGGAGGGUUUGAGUUAAGGUUUGAGUGCUGAGAUUCGUGAGAGUUGCGAGAUCGGCGAAGGAAAUAGAGUUUUUGGAAGGCACCUUGAACGCAAUGGAAAAUUGCAGUAUGAUGUUGAGUGAGGCGGCUUU